AUGAGUCAACACCACCAUCAUCAUUCAAAAGCUAGCAGUAAUCAUCAUCAUAAUCAACAAUCGAGUGCAUCUAAAUCCUCUACGGCAUCUACAUCAUCGGAUCAGCAACAUCAUUCACAUGGUACUACUAGUACGCAACUAAAAUUUGUAUUCACCUACCAAAAUCAACAAAUUGUUAUUUAUGAUAAACAAAUUAGGAGUUUGAUAUUUUGGAUUGUGUUGAUUGGUAUACAUUUGAUUGUACUAUCUGUUGUUUAUAUCAGACAGCAGGUUCCUAAUUUUUCAAUAGAUAAUAAUUUACCACUAUCGGAAUUUUCAUCAAGGAGAUGUAUUGAUGAAGCUAAACAAUUCUAUGCUACUCCUCGUGAUGGUGAGUGUUUUGGAAGAAUUGUUGGAAGUGAUGAAUAUAGGAAGAGCUUACAAUUUCUGGGAAAGAAAUUAUCAACAUUGAAAGCAAAGAAUGAUAAAUCAAAUCCAGGAAUUGAAAUGAGUAUUGAUUUUCACUAUGUUAAAGAUGGACAAGCAAUCUUCUCGAGGAAACAUUUGGAUUCAAGUAAGAAAAUUAUCUUGUCCUAUUCUAAUGUGACUAAUAUUUUGGUUAGAUUACAUUCAAAGAAACAUGUACACUUUUUGAAUGAAUCAAUACUUGUGAGUUCUCACUUUGAUAGUGUUCCAUCAACUCAAUCAGUUUCUGGAACAAUUCCUACAUUUAUUGCUUUAGAAAUGAUUAGCAAUUUGAUUCAUGAUCCUGUCUCUAUUCACCACCCUGUUAUUUUCAUGUUUAACAGUGCAAAGGAAAUUGGCAUGAUUGGAUCUAAAAUAUUUGCAACACGUCAUCCUUGGGCUUCAUCAGUUCGGUCUGUCAUCAAUAUGGAAUCAAUUGGCUCAGGUGCAAGUAGGGAUCUAACCUUCCAAUCAUCCAAUACUUGGAUUAUGAAACAGUUUGCCAGUGUUUGUAAAUAUCCUAAAGCAACCUCAGUGGCUCAAGAUUUUUUCAGUUUGGGAUUGAUUCCUUCACAGAGCGAUUUCAAUGUCUAUCAAUCCUAUCUCAAUUUAACAAUUGGUGGAAUUGAUUCUGUCUUUUAUAGAAAUGGCUAUGUACAUCAUACCAACAGAGAUACCUUUGAUAAGCUUAAUAGUAACACCCUUCAACAUAUGGGUGAAAAUUUGACUCCUUUCAUCAAGAAACUAGCAAGUUUUAAUUCAUAUUUCCCAAAUGUGAAUAAUACUUCUCCAGAAGAUCCUGUUUACGAGGAAAUUACCGCCCCAGCAGUAUACUUUGAUGUAUUAUCCCUUUAUAUUUAUUGCUACUCAUCAAUAUCUGCAAGUCCAGUACAUUAUGUAAUCAUUUUGAUAGCUUUCACUUUCAUGGUUAGAAAAAUCUAUGUCAAAGAAGCUGAAAAGCUUGAAAAUAAGAAAAAGAGAAGAAGGAAGCAAUCUCUCUCCAAUGAAAAGGUAGAGAAUGUUGAGGAAGAACCUCACGUUGAGGAAAAUGAAAGGUAUUUGUACUCUCUUUCCAAAGCUUUUGGAAUUGUUUUGCUUUCCCUUAUUUCAAGUUUGGUCUUUCCUUCACUGGUUGCUCUUACUUUGACCUAUCUUUUCAAAAAUCCAAUGUCUUGGUAUGCUACUGGCCCUGUAUUCACUCUAUUCCUUUUUGCUUUACCAUCAAUUUUAGGAAUGGCCUUCGUCUUGUCAGUAUUUAGUAGAUAUACCAGUUCCUUCUAUAUUUAUGUAGCUGUUUGGCUAUUCUGGGUUCUUGUCACUUUGGUUUUCAAUUAUUUUAAUAUUGUUUCCACCUUUUUACCAGUUGUAGUUGUUUUGGCACUUGUUAUUGCCUCUUCACAUACUAUUCAGAAAUAUACCAAAUGGUGGAUCCACAUAACUAUAAUGAUGGCCGGAUAUUUGAUAUUUGUAUUGGAACAUAUUCUUAUUGCUGUAAAUAUUUUCGUGCCAAUCAUGUCUAGAAGUGGUUUUGUGAAUGAGAUUUGGAAAUGUGAUGUUACAAUUGCUUGUUUGAUUGGAUUUAUUGCAUUCCUUGGAACUAACCUUUUAUAUCCUUAUAUUGUGUCAGAAAAUCAAAGAAAAGCUCAAAUAGCAGACUCUACCAAACUUCCACUUUUCAUAUUCUUGGGAGCUAGUUUAUUGUUGAUGUUUGUGGCUGGUAUUUUCUUGUCAGCUUACUCUGAAUCUGCUCCAAAGAGAGUACUCAUACAGAAGGUUGUAGUACUUCCAGAAGAUCAUUUUGAGGAAUCAUUUUCUUUUGGAGUGAGGAAGGGAAGUUCUAACCUUCAACUUUCAGACAUAGAGGAAACAACUGAAUCGGACCAUUCUACUCAAUUUUCAGACACUCAAAGGACCUACAUAUCAUUCCUGCAUACUGAUAGUGUUCCUGUAACCUAUGUAAUGAAUGACCUCUUCAAAAAUGAUAAUGUUACCAUUACCAACUCGGAAAAGAAUGAAAUAUAUUUGAUACCAGCUCUAGCUAUUCAACAAGUAACUUCACUCGACUAUAACAGCUUCAGUUGUGUCACUUUGAAUGAGGAAAACUCAGAAAACAACUACUUUAGAAAUAAUCCAGUCAAAAUGUUAACCUUUGGAAGUAGGAAUAAUAUUACCAUAAUAUUAGAAUCUGACAUUCUCGUACUCUCCCAAGAAAUACGAAUCUACCUCAAACCAGAACACAUCCUCGAUUCUAGUAUUGAAAAUAUGCAACAAGGAGACUAUCUGACCUUCUUCCACCUGUAUGCAAGCAGUAGAGGAGAUUUCUCCAAGAUUUUGAAAUUCUUCAUUCAUCUCAAUGAUAAUGCUCCAAGACAAUUCACCAUUCAAGUCAUUUCUCACUACACUCACAGUGAAAACACCAAAAAGCUCUUCAAAUCAGAGUUUGGAUCUUACAUUUCAAAUCUGCCAAAAUUCAUCUCACCAAUUUACACACUCGUUACCGACACAAAGAAAACCAUCAAGAUUCGUUCUUAA